AUGUCGGUCCUGACUAUUGUACACCGCGCCUUCCCCUUUGCCCUCCCCUGGAAGCGCAGGUCAUCGACCGAUAAAGGGAAAGACAAAGAGAUCGAUUGCGAAGUAUACACUUCCGACCGUGACUCACACGAUCACCUCCAUCUCGGCACUCUGAAUGCCGAUAACCCAGGCACGGUAUCCCUGCAGGGUGACGUCUCGUCCACCUUGCAUGUAGCGGUGAAGCCGAGCCCGGAGGAUACCACGAGUCCGGAAGAUUCUCCAAGCGAGUCAUCUGGAACGGACUCGGAAGCUGAGUCCCAAUUCGAGAAUGAUCACCGCCGUCCCUCGCAUGGCAGUGCGUCGUCCGCGCGGGCGCGGCUUGCUCGCAUGGUGAGCUGGGCGAGUAUCGUGCGCAGUCAAUGUCGCUGGACGAAUGAACAAGAGAAGCAGCUCCUCAUGGCAGAGAAGCAACUUGCCAGAUGUCAAAAGGCUUGGAGCUCAGAGCAGGAACUUUGGCUUGCCUAUAUUCAAGAAUUGAGUGAGGAGAAAGCUGCCCACGAAGGCUUCAUGCUGAUGCGCGCCAGACAGCAAGAAGAAGAGAGAUAUCAGUUCCGCAAGGCCUGGAAGAGACGCCGGUCGUUGGAGAGUGCAAUGGCUACUCAGGCUGAGGCUGCGAUGGCGAGAAACGAAACUAAUAGGUUGAUCAAGAUUCGUCGACUGCAGAAAUAUGGACACUGGGCGUCUACUUUGGUCACGACGGAGUCGACUGCUCUGACCUGUCAGGGCUGA